AUGCGCGAUUUGUUUGGGACGAGGCUUCACGGGAAAACUCACUCGCUCUUGUCUCGCUUGGACAUCCGAUUGCCCUCGAGAGCCAACACAGCCAAGGAAUGUCCGCGACUUGGAAAUGUGCUGGAUGAAGGUCUACCAAUAACCAGCAGAGCAAUCGCUUGGAACUACGAUGCGAUACAACGUGUUGACCCGCCUGGUCUCUUCCGUGAGGUUCGGAUUACAGUGACAUCCUACCGUUCUCAAUCGGGUCGCCAAGUUGACCCGUCACUUAUCUACCCACGAUGGUCGGAGGAGGACGAGUCUGUAAGCAAAUCCCAUGUAGUAGUGUUGAAGCCAAGAAGAACGACGUGGCGCUUCCGACGGGGGUCAAAAGCGGGACUUGGUAUGCCAAUCUCGGUGAAACUAUUUGCUUUUGUGGCCUCUCGAAGGGACCUACUCGUUCAAACUUCCGGGCAAUAUGUUGACAGCCUGCCCCUGCACCGCUUGGCAUCAAUGGCGAUUAGGUUUGGGCCACGAGCACGACGUCGAACACCUUGGCAGUCUGGCGAUCUGCCCUUGGAUAUCAAAUUCACUACAUCUGAACAAACAUGA